AUGCACUGGACGGUCCUGCUCCUCGCAGCCGGUGCCCUAGCCAUCCCUGCCCCAUCCAUCAUCCUGCUGCCCCCCUACCCCAGCAGCCUCGAUGACCCCAUCCUCAUCUCCUGCACGGCCCCCCAGCACUUUGUGGGGGCCAACUUCACGCUGUACCGGAGGGAGCGGGUGAUCCAGGCCCUGCGGGCCCCCGCCGACCAGCCAGGGGUCACCUUCAAUGUGAGCGGGGGCCCUGAAGACGCUGGGGGCGCCUUCCGCUGUCAGUACGGGGUGAUGGGGGAGCACGAUGAACCCCAGCUGUCCGACCUCAGCCAGCCUGUGCACGUGUCCUUCCCAGUGCCCACGUGGAUCCUGGCACUCUCCCUGAGUGUGGCCGGAGUCCUUGUCCUCCUGGGAGUGCUGGUGGCUGUAGCUGUGGCCAUCAGGAAAGUGAAAGUCAAAAAACAGAAGCAAAGGGAGCGAGAAUCCUGCUGGGCCCAGGUUAAUUUUGCCACCACAGACAUGUCGUUUGACAAUGCUCUCUUCUCCAUCUCCACGAAAAUGACCUCAGAAGAUCCAGGGGCCAAUGUGGAUGCUCACUCUGACAACUCUGGACCCCGAAAAAGACCUACAUCCACAUCAUCCUCGCCAGAGCUCCCUGAAUUCAGCACUUUCCGGGUCUGCCAGUGAGACUGGGGGCCCCUUCCUGGCAACUCCUUCCUUCUUUUCAGUUGCCCAGGCAGGCCUCUCAGAGCUGGACUUGGGGGGGGGGGCGGCAAGGGGACUCUAGGUGCUGCUUUCUCAGGGAAUUGAAUGGGGGAUCCCUAGACUGAGGUCUUUCCUCAAAGAUGGGAGAGAGGAAGGCCCCUAGGCCUGGAGGGCAGACAGAAAGCAGGAAGUGCCUGUGUGGGGACCCCAGCUCGGGAAGGCCACCAGGAUCACAUCAUGAGGCCUCUGCCUCUCCUGCCCUCAGUUUCUCCAUUCCUAUUUGCGGUUUACUGGGCCACGUGAUUCUCCAGGACUGGAUUUUGUGGGUCUUCUGUGCGUCCACCUCACCAGCAUGUCUAAGUUAUUAAUUAUAUCACGUGACACAAAUGUCCCCAAGGCCUCUGUGGGGUGUGAUCUUCA